AAACCCUUAUCAAAUCGACAGAAUACCCAGAAGGAGCAAACGUCAUUAGCACCAGAUAAUGCAGAUCAAUUCAAGCUGCCAAUGAGUUGCGAGGAAGCCCUAACAUACAGAGUCAUAUCAGAAAACGAUGUGGCUCAAUGUCGAGUGACUUCCCCACCACAGAAUAGCACUUUCGAGAACAUUAAUGAACGAUAUGCAGAGAAUUAUUACAAUCAACAUGCGUCAUUUCCAUCUCAAGAUAACAGAGAAGAUAACUCGAUUAACGAACAAGAAAACAGUCAAUAUGAUACCAAACAUAAUUUCCAAACUGGAGUGACAGCGACGCCAGAUCAGUCACAAGCCACAAGCAGUGUGGAUCCACUUGCUAUGAGGUCGCUCCAAUCACUAAACCAGGGUCAUUACCAGGAUACAGCUCGAGAGUCGUACAACGUGGGCAAAUUCGGUGCUUGUAAGUCCAUUGAAGUGUGCUGCUAUACGUUAAAGAUAGACUUGAGAGUAGAUUCCAGCAAGCAUUUGGCCAACAACUUCCAAAGAACCAAAUUAUCAAUCAUAUCCUACAACAUCAAUACCAAUGGAACGGCUUGA